AUCGGGUUCACCACUGACCCGCGCAUGGCUCGCUCCUCGCCCUACCCCACGGACGUGGCGCGCGUGGUCAACGCUCCCAUCUUCCACGUCAACGCCGACGACCCCGAGGCCGUGGUCUACGUCUGCAACGUGGCAGCAGAAUGGAGGAGCACCUUCCACAAGGACGUGGUGGUGGACCUGGUUUGCUACAGGCGCAAUGGCCACAACGAGAUGGACGAGCCCAUGUUCACCCAACCCUUGAUGUACAAGCAGAUCAGGAAGCAGAAGCCUGUGCUGCAGAAGUAUGCAGAGCUCCUCAUCUCCCAGGGAGUGGUCAACCAACCUGAGUAUGAGGAGGAGAUUGCCAAGUAUGACAAGAUCUGUGAGGAGGCUCAUGCCAGGUCCAAGGAUGAGAAGAUCUUGCACAUCAAGCACUGGUUGGACUCACCUUGGCCAGGUUUCUUCACCCUGGACGGGCAGCCCAGGAGCAUGACCUGCCCUUCCACUGGCCUCAACGAGGAGGACCUGACUCACAUUGGCCAAGUGGCCAGUUCUGUGCCCGUGGAGGACUUCACCAUCCAUGGGGGGCUGAGCCGCAUCCUGAAGACUCGUGGGGAGCUGGUGAAGAACCGCACGGUGGAUUGGGCCCUGGCAGAGUACAUGGCCUUUGGCUCCCUGCUCAAGGAGGGCAUCCACAUCCGCCUCAGCGGCCAGGACGUCGAGCGGGGCACCUUCAG